AUGGCAUGCUUUGCCGCAAGGGGCAAUUUCAAGGGAAUGGAAGUUACUGGGCCUGCGCUGGCCCAACCGACAAAUCACAAUGACUUGAUUGUUCAGGCGAAAGCUCAACAGCAGCUCUCGAAUCUAAGUUCAGACGUCGGGCUUUUUUCGCAGCUCGCGAGCAAUCCUUUCUUCACAGCAGGCUUUGGUCUUGCGGGCCUUGGAGCUGGACUGACACUCGCCCAGCGAGGCCUUCGGCAUGGUGCUGCUCUCCUCCGGAGGCGUAUGCUUGUUGAGGUGGAAAUAAAUAUUAAAGAUGACUCGUACGGCUGGUUUCUGCACUGGAUGACCCUAUAUCAACGGUCGCAACUUCAAAAGGCACCUGCCGCCAGCAAAUCCGGUUUUCUCGAUUCCCUCCUCCGGAGACUCACCCCAGGAAUGCGACAAUUAUCAAUCCAGACACAGAAAGUGGAACAUCCCAAUGGCGCAAUGCAUACACAAUUUGCACUUAUACCCGGACCUGGAAAACAUGUCCUCCGGUAUAAAAAUGCGUUUAUAUUCGUCAACCGAGUACGAGAAGCCAAAUCGAGAGAUCACCAAACUGGACGACCGUGGGAGACUGUUACUUUAACUACACUGUAUUCUCAGAGACGUAUCUUUGAAGACCUAUUUAAGGAAGCGCAUGAGUAUGCUGCGCGGUCACAGGAAGGGAAAACCGUCAUAUACAAUUCUUGGGGCACUGAGUGGAGGCAGUUUGGCCAAUCUCGGCGCAAGAGGCCUCUGGAAUCCGUUAUCCUGGAUAAGGGUGUUAAAGAACGGAUAGUAGAUGAUGUGAAGGAUUUUCUCCAAAGCGGAUCCUGGUACUAUGAUCGUGGCAUUCCCUACAGACGCGGUUAUCUUCUCCAUGGGCCCCCAGGCAGCGGCAAGAGUUCGUUUAUUCAAGCACUUGCCGGAGAACUGGAUUACGACAUCGCCAUCCUCAACCUCAGCGAGAGAGGUUUGACUGAUGAUCGCCUGAACCACCUUCUCACCAUCAUACCUGCCCGCACCCUGGUAUUAUUGGAGGACGUAGAUGCUGCCUUCGGGAACCGGCGCGUGCAGUCUGACGCUGACGGAUACAGAGGAGCCAAUGUGACUUUCUCGGGCCUCCUUAAUGCACUUGAUGGGGUGGCUAGUGCGGAAGAACGCAUAAUUUUUCUGACGACAAACCACGUUGAGCGGCUUGACGAGGCUCUAGUUCGACCUGGCCGUGUUGAUAUGACCGUCAGGCUUGGCGAAACUACGAGAUAUCAGGUUUCCAAGCUUUGGGAGAGAUUUUAUGGCGAAUUUGACAAGACGGGUUUUUACCAGGCUCAAUUUUUGGACAAGCUCCAUAAACUGGGUGUUAUCGAGGAUGAAAAUGGCCACAGGAUUCCAGCAGAGAGGGCCACAAGUGCUGCGGCUCUGCAGGGGCUCUUUUUGUACAACAAAGGUGACAUGGAAGGUGCUAUCAGGAUGGCCGAAGGCCUUGUGUCUGAGGAAUAA